GCGAGACGGCGCGGGGGAGCCCAGGGACAUGGUGAAGCUGGACGAUGAGGCAGCGGUGGCACCCGGGCACCAGCCCACGAAUGGAUACCUCCUGGUGCCGGGAGGCGAGCCCCCCGGAAAGGUGAGCGCCGAGCCGCAGAACAGGCCCAAAGGCGGCUUACUGACCCUGAAUGGAGUGUCUCGGGACAGCCUCGCGGCCGCGGCGGAAGCCCUAUGCAGGCCGCAGACUCCGCUGGCUCCAGAGGAGGAGACCCAGACCCGGCUGCUGCCCACGGGCCCCGGGGAGGAGACCCCGGGGACCGAGGACUCCCAGGCGCCCCAGAUCGCGCUGUCUGCGCGGCGCUUUGUGGUGCUCCUGAUCUUCAGCCUGUACUCGCUGGUGAACGCCUUUCAGUGGAUCCAGUACAGCAUCAUCAGCAACAUCUUCGAGGGCUUCUACGGCGUCUCCUCCCUGCACAUUGACUGGCUGUCCAUGGUGUACAUGCUGGCCUACGUGCCCCUCAUCUUCCCGGCCACGUGGCUGCUGGACACCAGAGGCCUACGGCUCACCGCCCUGCUGGGCUCAGGCCUCAACUGCCUUGGCGCCUGGAUCAAGUGCGCCAGUGUGGAGCAGCAUCUCUUCUGGGUCACCAUGCUGGGCCAGUUCCUGUGCUCGGUGGCCCAGGUGUUCAUCCUCGGCCUGCCCUCCCGCAUCGCCUCAGUGUGGUUUGGGCCCAAGGAGGUAUCCACGGCUUGUGCCACCGCCGUGCUAGGCAAUCAGCUUGGAACUGCAGUUGGCUUUUUGCUACCACCAGUUUUAGUGCCCAACACACAGAAUGACACCGAUCUUCUGGCUUGUAAUAUCAGCACCAUGUUUUAUGGGACAUCAUCUGUUGCCACGUUUUUAUGUUUUUUAACAAUAAUUGCAUUCAAAGAAAAACCUCAGUAUCCACCAAGUAAGGCUCAAGCAGCUCUUCAAAAAAACCCCCCUGCUGACUACUCCUAUAAGAAAUCAAUAAGGAACCUAUUUAGAAACGUUCCUUUUGUCCUUCUAUUGAUCACUUAUGGUAUCAUGACUGGAGCAUUUUAUUCAGUCUCAACAUUAUUGAAUCAAAUGAUACUGACAUAUUAUAAGGGAGAAGAAGUGAAUGCUGGAAAGAUUGGGCUAACAUUGGUAGUGGCUGGAAUGGUGGGCUCUAUUCUUUGUGGCUUAUGGCUUGAUUAUACCAAAACAUACAAACAGACUACUCUGAUAGUUUACAUUUUGUCUUUUCUUGGAAUGGUUAUAUUUACUUUCACACUGGACCUUGGAUACAUCAUCAUUGUGUUUGUUACUGGCGGGGUGCUUGGUUUCUUCAUGACUGGUUACCUCCCAUUGGGUUUUGAAUUUGCUGUUGAAAUCACUUACCCUGAAUCUGAAGGCACCUCAUCUGGUCUUAUUAAUGCUGCUGCACAGAUAUUUGGAAUUUUGUUCACAUUGGCUCAAGGAAAACUCACAACAGACUAUGGUCCUAAGGCAGGAAACAUUUUCCUCUGUGUUUGGAUGUUGCUAGGAAUUAUUUUAACAGCAUUAAUCAAGUCUGAUCUCAGAAGACACAAUAUAAAUGUCGGAAUUGCAAACGGUGAUAUUAAAGCUGUACCAGUUGAAGAUACAGUUGAAGAUAGUCCCACAGAUCAAGAAUCAAAAACUGUUAUGAUGCCCAAGCAGUCAGAAUCGGCAAUUUGAGAUGAAAGAAAAAAUUAACAUCAUGUGAUAGUUGAGCAGUAAGGCUUGGUUAAAACGUUACAGGAGAUGGAAACUUACUUGAAAAUUAUUAUGUGACCCAUAAUUAUUGUCUUACUUAAUUGUAACCUUAAGCAAGAUUUUGCUUAACAGACUUUGGCUCACCUCCUAUUAACACUACCAUUUAUCUACCGAGCUUUCCACUGGUAGACCUGUCUUGUCAGCCUGAAAGUAAGCUUCUUGAUGUGUAUUUUCCAAAAGCGUUUGUUUGUUUUUGUAAAAAAUGGAAGUUAAAAGGCUUUCUAAUAUGAUCAUGUGGAGGCCUAGUCCCCAUAAAUCACAUAGGAGUUCGUGCAAUUUAGAACCAAGGAAGCAAUAUAUUCCUAAUUCGUUCCUUUCCAUUGUUCUGGUCGACUGUCCAGUCACUCCCAGUGGGAGUACAUUACACCAACACUACACUUCUGACCCACCAAAGGACAGCACUGGGAUGACACUUGCACGGAACCUCUAAGAUUUUUCCCAUUUCUUAUAUUUUUGUUAAACAGUGCUUUGUAAUAUGUACUGUCAGUGGCCAUCAUGACUAUUCUGUGAACAGGUUGAACCCAUGACUUUGGUCUUAGACUUGAGUUCUCAUGCUAAGGUGCCCAAACACAGACUCAUUAUCUUGAGUUCUCUGCACUGCCUUCCUAUCGUGGCAUAAAUGCUAAUACUGUUUUCUCACUUUAACUUGACAGCAUAAUUUUGUACCCACUGCCUUGUCUACUCUUUUUUCAACACAGGCUUAUCUUGGAGACACUGUAGCUUUGGCUCCAUACCAUUCAGAGUGAAGCAAAUAUCACAAUAAAGUGAUUCAAAUGAA